GGAAUAAAAGGGCGCAGCCGGCUCGGCUGUGCCCCGCGCUGGGAAGUGGCGCUGCCUGGCCCCCGGCCCCCGGGACGGGCAGGGCCCCCUGCGCACUCACGCCCCGGAUGCUCCGAGCGCCCCGACCGAGUCCUGCAGCUUCCCCGGCGCAGGUCCCGCCCAGCGAGCUUCGCACCCCGACGCCAUGCGGACCCGCGUGCCCUGGGCGGCGCUGUCCGUGGUGCUGACCUUGGUCUGCGUCCAUCCGCGGGCAGCGCGGUCCUGUCCCCACCCGUGUGCCUGCUACGUGCCCAGCGAGGUCCACUGCACCUUCCGCUCCCUGGUGGCCGUGCCUGCGGGUAUCUCUGAACACGUGGAGAGGAUGAACUUGGGGUUUAACAGUAUACAAGCAGUAUCAGAAACCUCAUUCGCAGGACUGAGCAAGUUGGAGCUACUCAUGCUGCAUGGCAACGACAUUCCCAGUAUCCCCGACCAAGCCUUACGGGACCUCAGCUCCCUGCAGGUUUUCAAAUUCAGCUACAACAAACUGCGCGUGAUCACGAGACAAACCUUCCAGGGCCUGUCCAACUUAAUGCGGCUCCACGUGGACCACAACAAGAUCGAGUUCAUCCACCCGCAGGCUUUCCAGGGCCUGCUGUCCCUGCGGCUGCUCCAUCUGGAAGGAAACCAACUCCAGCAGCUGCACCCGGGGACAUUCUCCACCUUCACCCUCCUGGACCACUUCCGACUGUCCACCCUCCGGCACCUGUACCUGGCGGAGAACAUGAUGCAGAGGCUCCCAGGGGGCAUCCUGCAGAGCAUGCCGCUGCUGGAGAAUCUGUACCUGCACGGAAACCCCUGGGCCUGCGAUUGCGAGAUGAAGUGGUUCCUGGACUGGACCCUCCGAUCCAAAGGAAUCCUAAAGUGCAAGAAAGACAAAGCCUAUGCAGGCGGCCAGUGGUGCACUACCUGCUCCAGUCCCAGGCAGCUCCGGAAGCAGGAAAUCCUCAAGCUGCCCAACGUGCCCUGUGUCAAGCCCUCCAUAGAGUCCCCUCUGAAGCAGAACCGCAGCUGGGUGCAGGAGGAGGAGGAGGAGGAGGAGCAGGACCAGGAGGAAGAGCAGCCCUGGGACGGCCAGCUGGCCCUGGACGACUCAUCCCCCGCAUCCCGGUGGAACAUCUCCCUCAACAUGACGGACGAACAUGGCAACACAGUGCUGUUGUUCUGCGACAUCAGGAAGCCCACAGGGCUGCCCAGCAUCAGCUUGAACCAGACGGAACCCCCCGAGAUCGACGUCAAUGCCACUGUCGCGUUGGACUUCGAGUGUCCCAUGACCCGGGAGAACUAUGAGAAGCUCUGGAAGCUCAUCGCCUACUACAGCGAGGUCCCCGUGACGCUGGCCCAAGAGGUCCUGCUCGGCAGGGACUCAGGCGUGAGCCACCAGUACCACCAGGACCCCAACGCCAACCCCGACGCCCUGUACUACACAGGGGUCCGGGCCCAGAUCGAGGCCUGGCCCACGUGGGUCCUGCAGCCGUCCAUCCACAUCCAACUCAAUCGGCGCUCCAGCACUGCCAAGAAGGUCAUCCUGUCGUAUUCUGCCCGGUACUCACAAACCAUAUCAGCCAAAGACACCGUGCAGGCUCGGAGUCCAAGCUGGGUCAUGAUCGAGCCCAGCAGUGGGAUUCACAGAGCCCAGACUUUCCUGGAAGGGGAAGCCGGCCAGCUCAGCUGCCACGUGAAGGCCUCCGAGAGCCCGUCCAUCUCCUGGGUGCUUCCCAACGGCUCCGUCCUCAGGGCGCCCAUGCAGGAGCAGGGCAGCAGGUUCUCUGUCCUCAGCGGUGGGUGGCUGAAGAUCAGGACAGUGGAGCAGUCGGAUUCAGGCUUGUACCAGUGCAUUGCUGAAGUGCCGGAUGAGGUCGACCAGAUGGCUUUCCGGGUGCUCGUCCAGGUCCCCACUGUUCAGCCCCCUGAGGGCUCCAUGGUGAGCAUUGAGAAGGACGCGGGAGAGCCCGUCAUGCUCCCGUGUAGCGCCUCAGCUGUCCCAGAAGCCCAUCUCAGUUGGAUUCUCCCCAGUAAGAGGAUCAUCGAUGGCUCGGCUAACGCGUCCCACGCGUACAUGUGGGCCGAUGGGAGUCUUUCCAUCCCCAGCGUGCAAGUCAGCCACGCCGGCUACUACAGGUGCGUGGCCGUCAACCUGCAUGGGGCUGACCAUGUCACCGUGGGGCUCACGGUGAGGAGGAAAGGAGCCGGGCGAUCGGGAAAGAGAGGGAGACGCCCAGGCAGGCCCCGAGCUGACUCCAGACCUCGGGGAGACAUUGUGGAAGAUGAAGGAGGCUCCGGAGUGGGAGGUGAUGAGAGCCCAUCCGGGAGGACGCUGCACCCAAAGGACCAAGAAGUCUUCAUCAAGCCCGAGGGUGAGGCCACCCUGGGGGAUAAGGUGCCUCAGAAAGGGAGGAGGAAACUGAAACUCUGGGGGCCUUCGGAGGAGAAAGACCUGGAGAGCAACGUUGCCGAAGGUCGCAGGGUGUUCGAGUCCCGGCGCAGGAUCAACAUGGCCAACAAGCAGAUCAACCCAGAGCGCUGGGCGGACAUCUUGGCCAGAGUGCGUGGGAAAAAUCUCCCCAAGGCCACAGAAGUGCCCCAGGACAUUGUCACCACCAUGCUUCCAUCCGAGAGUCCAGAAGGGAUGUCCCUGUCCCCAGUGAUUUCUCUGCUGGCUGUGUCUCCCAUGCAGGCAGCCCCGGAUCCAGAGGAGUCCUCGGCACAGGGGUCUCUCUUUGGUGAGGAGGAGCGGGUUGCAAGUACCAUCUCCUCCCCAGGGAUGCGACAAGAACACAGCCACGGUGGAGCUCUUCUCCCCAAGCCGCAGGUGACAAGCCCCCGUCUGGAUGACAGAGUGAUUGGAGAGGAUUUGCUGGAGACAACCGAGGAUCUGUCUCCAGCUGCAGUUGACCUCCAGUGGGAGCUGGCCACCUCCCCUGGACCUGAGGCUUAUGAAACAUCUACUCCGAGGACCUCAGAAGAGCCCAUCGGUGACCAGACAGCCACGGAGGCUUGGUCUCCUCCAGCAGACGUUGACCGCAUCCCAAAACCCAGAAGAAAUGAGGAAGAGCCUCCACUGGAUGAGGUCUCCUUGGCUGAGUCCCAGAGGGUGAAGUCUGUUCACCCAGAUGGGGAGACGUAUUCACAACCGGAUGUGGUGGAGACUUUGGAAGACCACCCACUCAUUCCUCCCACCACCGCCGUGAGGGUGGAGGUCUCAAGUGUGCCACAGUCACUUGAAGAGCAUUUAGAGGAGCAGGAUGUCCCAGCCUGGUCAAGUGUGGAAGAAAAACCAGACAGUACCAGGAGAGUGGAAAAUCGCCGGACCACUCAACGGACUCCAUCUAGAAAGAGAGUCACAAAGAAGAAGUUUCUGGGGGAGACCCCCACCUCCAGACGUCGUGAGAGUGAAGAGCAAGACACCGGGCACACCACUCUGAAAGCGAUGAGCACUGCCUCUCCCUUUGCGCAGCCCUGGGCCACCACACGGGGAACACUGCCGGCCGGAGGUGUCACCACACAAGCCAAUAAGACACCAAGCCGGAUGACCACUCCACCGCCAGCGCUGCCCACCCAGCCCUCCCGAAGGAGGCCCAGUGGACGGAGGAAACUGCGCCCCCAUAAAUCUCGCCAACGCCAGAAACCAAGCCCCCCAGCAGUCUCCGCCUCCACGGACACAUCAUCUCCCUCUCCACCUUCUCCACUGCCUGCAACGAAGACCCCAAAGCAAGCCCAGAGUUCCCCGGUUCCCACCUCUUGGGUAGACAACACGGCUCACGUUACUAAGCAGCUGGACCCAGAGAAGCCUACAGAAUCCAUAUCCAGGGGAACCACACGGAGAAGAAAUGGGAAAAGGCCCAAUAGACAUCGAUUUAGCACCACGGCUACGGUGAGCUCGAAGAUGCCUGUGUCCAAGCCCAGCCCUCUUGAAACUCCGCAUGAGCCAGCCAUCACUUCCGGUUCAGAAACUCGACUUCCGCCUCUGGAAACUGGAGAGACAGACAUGGUGACGAGGCGGAAGGAUUAUGCGACAGCCACCCCGGAAACACCUACAGCUUACCACAGAGUCCACGUGACGACUCCGGUCCCUUUCCAACCUGGAGCAGGUCGAGAAGAACUGACGGAUCACGACUUCACCCACGCCGAUAGUGGUGGGAACGACACACGGCUGCGCAGUGAGCUGCUCAGGGAGGGGUUCUCAAUGCCUGAUCCCUUGGUCCCCACUGUGGGGGAGUCCAAAGAGGCGUCUCUUCCUGUGGCUCUUCCCGGAAGUCCAAGCUGGCCUCUCCCCAGGACGGCCCUGCCUGGGGAACCCAGUACAGACACUCCCGGGCCCGGCUUAAGGGAAGACCCUGCAGACUCACCGCUCUUCAGAGAGCUGGAAGCGGUCGCUGCUACUUCCCAGUUUGCACCUUCUGCCUCGCUCUUCGCCUCCGUUCCACAGGGAAAAACUGGGGCUCCCACCACCUUUUCCAGCGCAGAGGUCGAGCUGUCUCGAAGUCUGGCAGAAACCACCACCGCUGGUUGGGAACCCCGAGAAGGCACAGUGGCCCACGUCCCUUCUGAAACGUGCUCACAGAAGCCCAUCCCCACGCCGGGCCGGGUGGAGGAGCAGGCCACCGCCUUCCCACCCACGGCACCUGCAUCGUUAGCAACCACCACCCUGAAGCCAACUCCCAUCACCCCAGGGACGCCUCCAACAUGGGCCGGUCCCAAGGAGAACAUUUUCUUGAAUUUUGUGGGAAAUCCAGAAACCAAAGCGCCGGUAGAGAACAUAGGGGGAUCUCAGCAUAGAUGGAGACCUGAAGAGUUGUCCACCCCUUCUCACAACCAGAACGGAUUCGAUUUAUCUCCAGAGCAAGAGUUGGCAGAGGAACGUGACAACAGGAGGACAAACAGCCUACUGCAUGGGCCGGAGAGUCACCUUCCACGUGAGAGAGUCCACACUGCCCGCCCACUGGCCGGAGACCCCACAAAACCCACCCCGCCAAGGGGGUCGCUGAGGCCACCGCUCAGGGCCACGGAAAGCCCCCUUAGAUACUUUGGGACAUUCCAGCCACCCCACCACUUCACCAGCAAACUGGAAAUCACUGCCUAUCCCUCCAGGGUUUUCCCAGACAGCAAACAGUUCAUGAUUCCACAAUUACCCAGCAUGAAGCCAGCUGCCCCGACGCACCCAUCCAAACCCAGUAUCUCCAGCAGGUUGCCUGACCAAAGCACAAACCGAUUCAAUGGGUACUCCAAAGUGUUUGGAAAUAAUAACAUCCCCGAGCCAAGGAUUCCAGUCCACCAGCCUGCAAAGCCCAGACUUCCUUAUGAUUCCAAUGGGAGAUUCCCUUUCUUCACCAACAGGACCUUCUCAUUCCCACAGCUGGGAGUCACCUUGAAGCCUUGGACGUCCACCUCCCCAGCCCCAGUAACAAGAGAAAGAAAAGUCACCCCUGCUCCCUACAAUAGGUUUCCUUCCCAGAGCUUUCUCCACGUGGAUUUGGGGCCUCCAGCACCCCCAGUGUUGCAACCGCCCCGGACCAUGCCACCACCUUCAAUUUACUUUCAGAAGGUCCCUCUGGUCCACACCACGCAGAGCUCUAUCUUCCCCAUGACGUCUGCCAGCCAAUCCCCUGGAAGCUCUCAUCACAGCAGCCUGAAGAUCUUUGUUGGAGGACCACCUGCUCCCAACUUCUGGACGCUUGGAGAAAAGCCCCAAAUCAUCACCAACCCCCCCCAGACUCUCUCUGUCACUGCCGAGACGGACGCCCUGUUCCCCUGCGAGGCGACGGGGAAACCCAAGCCCUUCAUCACCUGGACAAAGGUUUCCACAGGUGCCCUGAUGACCCCCAACACCCGGAUCCAGCGCUUCCAGGUCCUGAAGAACGGGACCCUGCUCAUCCGAAGGGUACAGGUGCAAGACCGAGGCCAGUACGUGUGCACGGCCAGCAACCUGCACGGCGUGGACAGGAUGGGGGUCCUGCUCUCCGUCUCGGUGCUGCAGCCCGAGAUCCUGGCUCCUCAGUUCCAGGACGUCACCGUCUACUUGGGGGACACCAUUGCCAUGGAGUGCCUGGCCAAGGGCACCCCCGCCCCCCGGAUUUCCUGGAUCUUCCCCGACCGGAGGGUGUGGCAGACCGUGUCGCCCGCGGAGGGCAGGGUCACCCUGCACCAGAACCGCACCCUGUCCAUCAAAGACGCGUCCUUCGCGGACAGAGGUGUGUACAAGUGCCUGGCCAGCAACGCGGCUGGGGCGGACAGCCUGGCCAUCCGGCUGCACGUGGCCGCGCUGCCCCCGGUCAUCCAGCAGGACAAAGCCGAGAACAUCUCUCUGCCCCCGGGGCUCAGCAUCCACAUCCACUGCUCGGCCAAGGCCAAGCCCCCGGCCAGCGUGCGCUGGGUGCUGCGGGAUGGGACCCAGGUGAGGCCGUCGCAGUUCCUCCACGGCAACCUCUUCGUCUUCCCCAACGGGACGCUGUACAUCCGCAACCUGGCUCCCAGGGACAGCGGGCGCUACGAGUGCGUGGCCACGAACCUGGUGGGCUCGGCGCGCAGGGCCGUGAGGCUCAGUGUGCAGCGCACGGCGGCCGGCGCGCGCAUCACCAGCGCAUCCCCGAGGCGCACGGACGUCAGGUACGGGGGGACCCUGCGCCUCCACUGCAGCGCCUCGGGGGACCCCUGGCCGCGUAUCCUGUGGCGCCUGCCGUCCAAGCGGAUGAUCGAUGCGCUCUUCAGCUUUGACAGCAGAGCCAGGGCCUUCAGCAACGGGACCCUGGUCGUGAAAUCCGUGACCGACAAAGACGCUGGCGAGUAUCUGUGUGUGGCCAGGAACAAGGUGGGCGACGACCACGCGGUCCUCGAGGUCAACGUGGUGAUGAAACCCGCCAAGAUCGAGCGCAAAGAGGACAGCGACCACAAGGUCGCGUACGGGGGCGACUUGAAAGUGGACUGCGUAGCCACUGGGCUGCCCAACCCGGAGAUCUCCUGGGGCCUCCCCGACGGGAGUCGGCUCAACUCCUUCAUGCAGUCGGACGACGGCGGCGGGGGCCGCGCCAAGCGCUACGUGCUGUUCAACAACGGGACCCUCUACUUCAACGAGGUGGGCCCACGGGAAGAAGGCGACUACACCUGCUUCGCCCAGAACCAGGUGGGGAAGGACGAGAUGAAAGUACGCGUCCAGGUGGUGGCCAGGCGCACGGCCGUGCGGAGCAGGACGCCCUCCGUGGUGCAGGUGUCCUACGGGGACCGGGUCACUGUGGCCUGCGAAGCCCCAGGCGAGCCGGUGCCCAGGGUGACGUGGCUGUCCCCCACCAGCAAGGCGAUCCCCACGAACUCGGAGAAGUACCACAUUCACCCAGACGGAACUCUGCUCAUCCAGAAGGCCCAGCGCUCGGACAGCGGGAACUACACCUGCGUGGUCAGGGGCAGCGCGGGCGAGGCCCGGAAGACGGUGUGGGUCCACGUCCGCGUCGAGCCUCCAACCAUCAACGGGAGUCCGGACGCCAUCACCACGGUGCGCGAGGUCGCCCCAGCCGGGAGCCGCAAGUUCAUCCACUGCAAGGCCCGGGGCGUCCCGACACCUCGGGUGCUGUGGGCCUUCCCCGAGGGCGUGAUCCUGCCCGCCCCGUACUACGGCCACCGCGUCACCGUGCACAGCAACGGCUCGCUGGACAUCAGGAGCCUGAGGAAGAGCGAUUCGGUGCAGCUGCAGUGCAUCGCGCGCAGCGAAGGUGGCGAGGCGCGGAUGAUCGUGCAGCUGACCGUGCUGGAGCCGCUGGAGAAGCCCAUCUUCCACGGCCCCGAGAGCGAAAAGAUCACAGCCACGGCCGGCCACACCAUCAGCCUCAACUGCUCGGCUGCGGGGAGCCCGCCGCCCACCCUGUUGUGGGUCCUGCCCAACGGCACGGAGCUGCGGGCCGGCCAGCGGCUGCACAGGUUCUACCACAGGGGCGACGGCAUGAUGCACAUCACGGGCCUGGCCCCCGAGGAUGCGGGAGCCUACCGCUGUGUGGCCCGCAACAGUGCCGGCCACUCGGAGAGGUUGGUGGCCCUGAGCGUGGGGCUGCAGCCCACGCUGAGCAAGCAGUAUCACAACCUGGUGAGCAUCAUCAACGGGGAGAGCCUGCAGCUCCACUGCAGCCUCCCGGGCGCCCAGCAGCCUGGCCGCUUCUCAUGGACGCUGCCCAAUGGCGUGGCCCUGGACAGUCCCCAGGCGCUGGGGCGCUUUUCGGUCCUGGACAACGGCACCCUCACCGUGCGGGAAGCCUCCGUGUUCGACAGGGGCACCUACACGUGCAGGGCGCAGGCGGAGCAUGGCUCCUCCUCCUCCUCCUCCUCCUCCGUGCUGAGCAUUCCGGUCAUUGUCAUUGCUUACCCUCCCCGCAUCACCAGUGAGCCCACGCCUGUCAUCUACACCCGGCCAGGCAGCACAGUGAAGCUGAGCUGCAUGGCCAUGGGGAUCCCCAAGGCUGAGGUAUCCUGGGAGCUGCCAGAUAAGUCGCAUCUGAAGGCUGGUGCCCAGGCUCGUCUCUACGGAAACAGGUUCCUGCAUCCUCAGGGCUCCCUGACCAUUCAGCACGCCACCCAGAGAGAUGCCGGCUUCUACAAGUGCAAGGCCCAAAACAUCCUGGGAACAGACUCCAAAACGACCUACAUCCACAUCUACUGAGACGCCUGCGAGACACAGCAAGGCGCACGGCAGGGUGACUCUUUAGCAAGGGACCCCAGUGCGCCAUUUUGUAAGGAAGCCCAGGGCUCAGGCUUUGGAAGCUGCAAGGAUUCCCAGGGCACAUUGGCCCCUGGUGGGUUCCAUGUUGGGGUUCGCCUUGAAUUGAGCUUCUCGGAUUUCAGGUGGAGGCCAACUUUGAUUUAAGUUCCGUAGGUCUGAAGUUGGAGUUUAGUUCCUUGUGUUUCAAGAUGAGGCAAAUCUCGACUUCAGCUCCUCAUGGUAGAAGUAGAGGUCAAUCCUGAAUGAAGCUCUUAGGUUUCAAGGUGAAAUCUUGACGUAGGCUUCUCGUGGUGGAAGUGAAGGUUGACCAUGACUUCUUGGGUUUCAAGCUGAGGUUGACCUUGACCACCUUGGAUUUGAGGAGAAGUUCAAGCAUGAGUUAAGCUCCUUGACUUAGAAGUUGAGGUCAACCGAGGCUCCUUGGGCUUCAGGAGAAGAUCAACCAUGAGUUGAGCUCCCUGAGUUUGACGUGGAGGUCAGUCUUGACUCAGGUUCUUGGAUUUCAAGUUGAGGUCAACCUCAAUCUAGGCUCUUGUGCUAGAGUUGAGAUCAGCGUUGACCUCAAGUUCCGUGUGUUUCCAGAUGAGACUGACUUUGGCCUGGGCCCCUUAGGGUUUCAGGUUGGGCUUCAUGUUGACCUGGGGUCCAUGACCUAGGAAGUUCUAGAGACACCUGGAAGGAGGACUCCCUGAGAACUCGCCUCCAUGUUUACAUCGUACCACAAACUCUCGCCUGGCAUUUCCUCGGACCCGAGAUCCAGCUGCAAUUUCUGCUUUUUGCAAACAUCACACAGCUGUCCUCACCAGCCUCUGCAGCGUACUUCAGCAGCAUUUUUCUGAAAACAGUCACGUGAACAGUGCCUGCACACCCCACGGAAGACCCCUCACCUGGCUGGCUCACCCCUCACAGCUGUCAACUGAUGGAACAUUCUAGAGCAACUCAUCUCUCCCACUAUGUCUUCUGCAGCUACAAAAUGUGUCCGAUAAGGUCUUAGGAGCACAGUGAUUGUUAUUUUUGUUUAAAUCCCCAGUUCCACGCUUUACAGCUCCCAUUCUAGAUGAAAGAAGUCUGUCUUCCUGGAAGUCACUUUUUAUAUACUGUUUUAUAUAAAUAUAUAAAUAUAUAUUUUUUCUUUCUAAUGAGACAAUGAGACAGAAAGGGAAACACUCUCUAUCUCAUUAAAAAACAAUAAAUUAUUGGUCUUUACAAGACUUGAGUACAUUACAGCACAUAUGGAAAUGCAAUUAAUAAAAAAUUCCCCAAAUUUCUCUCUAAUCUCCUUCAAAUUCAAUAACCACUAUUAUGUUCCUCCCCCCCCCCCAGGCUGGGAUAUUGAAUAUCCUCAGAUGUAGAAUUAAUCUUGAAGACUGUGGUCUGGGAUAUGCGGGGUCUGGAUGGGGGAACGAGAGGAAACAGAGAGCUAAGUCGCGGCCUCUCAAAAUCGAACCCGGAAGCUUCCAGAGCAGCCUGGCAGCUUCUCUGUGGCAUGGGAGCGCUGCGCGUGGCCGGCCAACUUCCCUCCCUGUGCCUCGGGCCUCAUUCCGUGCUCACGCGCAGCCAGAGAGCUGUCACUCUCACGGCUGCUUUCCUGUCUUCUGGAGGUCCUCUUGCUGUCCAUUUGAUAAUAAAAUAAUA